AAUACUAACUUACACUGUCAAUAACUCCAGCGCCAUGUGCUUUUAUUGCGAAAAGAGAAAACCUUUUUACGCUGAAAAACCAUACCGGAAGUUGACAUUGUUUACUAACAUGCUGCUUCCGCUUGGGAUUCCAAAUUAGCGCUUAACUGCUAAAUGUGAAUUUGAGUCGUUUGUUUGGACUUUUUCUCUCAGAAAUAUUGCCACUUACGAGUUUAAUACAUCAACAACAUUAGACUUAGUUAUUGAAUCAUGUUUCGGUUAGUUUGGCUAAUUAGCAGCAGAACUAUGUUAGCUUAUAGUUAGCUAGCCCUGUAACAUUUCGUCUAGCAUGGCAGAUUGAUUCAUCUCAACAGGUGUCAGCCACGGGCAGGGAAAGCGUCUCCGUCGGUAACUGUCCCGAAGAGAGUUCAGGACACUAGUUCACGGGCAUUCGUUAGCUUGUCAUGUCUGUUAACGUCAGUUGUGCUCGUUAGCCAAAGUUUGUGACGCGUGUCAUGCUCCUCGGUCGCGUCCCGCUGAGUCUCAGGUGGACGUGUUCUAAGAGGGUUGAUUCACGGAGGCUUUUCACCGCCGCCGCCGAGGUGUCAGCGCGGAGGCUGCACCACGUUUACUCCACACACGGUCAACGAGUCGGUGUGUUCAGAUCAUCCGCACCGCGGCUGCGAAUCACUGAGGCCCCGCUGCCACACACCUGCCUGUGUCCGCUCACAGUGUGCGACAUGCAGCCGGUAGUCAGUGUCUCCUGUGGCAAAGAGGCCCCUGCGAUUGGCUCAAAUGGUGGCGGUGAGGAAGGUGAGGGAGGUGUGGUGAGGCAGCAGAGUGGGAGAGGAGGUGAGGGAUCGAUCGAAGCACUGAUCACUGCCGGAGGCCGGGAGGAAGCAGUCACCAUGGGAGUGCAGCAAGGGAAGACUUACACUGGAGCCUCCACUGUGUCUGCUGCUACUGAAUCAAAUGAGAAGAAUGCAAAGAGGAGGAUAAGGAGGGAGAAGAAGAAGUUGAUAAAGAAAAAUCUCAAGUCUGCCCAUACUGUGGACAAUCUAAUGUCGGAGCUCCCAUUUGCUUUGACCAGUCCCACCACGUGGAAAGAGCUAGGAUUCCCCAUCCCAGAGUCAACCCAGAAAAAGAGGAAGAGAGGAGACAGUGGAGGGCGAGUGGACAGUGAGGAGGAUGGAGACAAGAAGAAAAAAAAGAAAGACAAUCAACGACCCAACUACUUUGUCUCCAUCCCCAUUACUAACACACAGAUAAGCUCAGCUGUGACUGAGAUCCAAGAGGCAGUGCUUCAGCAGGAGCCUCUAUUGGCCAAAGCCAUGAUCCCCGUCCCAACUCUGCACAUCACGCUGUUAGUAACCCAUCUCGCCAAUCAGGAGCAAAUAGACCUAGCGACAACCGUGCUGGCCCAGGUCAAGCUGCCAUUGGCUGAGCUGCUGGGUGGGCGGGAUCUGGUGCUGCCCUUCUCAGGCAUCGGUCAUUUCAGGAAGGAGGUGGUGUUUGUUGGGCUGGCCCCCGGACAACACAGACACACACUGGACAGCCUGGCAGGGUUGUUGCGCAGCCGUUUUGAAGAGCAGGGGCUGAUGCAAGGAGACAGUCGUGGGUUUGAACCUCACCUCACCAUUAUGAAGCUAUCCAGAGCAUCAAAACUACGAGCCCAGGGUAUAAAGCGUGUGGACCCAGCCCUUUACUCCAACUACAAUAACAAGUUUUUUGGAGAUCAGACAGUGGAACAGGUCGACCUUUGCUCCAUGUUGAAGAGGAAGCAGCAAGACGGAUAUUACCACACAGAGACAUCACUACUACUUGAAUUGGCUCAGAGUUCGUUCCAUGCCAAACGCUCAAGUGGGCGUCGCCGGUCUGAGCCUGACGAGGCAGAGCUCCUGAGGGUCAGCAGGAAGUUGGUCGAGGACGCCGUCAAUCGCGCCUUGCAACAAUACAAACAGGAAACACUUCAAAAUGGGGGCGGGCCUAAUGCCACACAGGUCCCUGGAAACACUGAGGAAACUGCUACAAAGACGGACACUACAUCCAACUCCACUGCAGACAAAAGGAAGUGACGUCAUCGGGCCGAGGUACACAGACUGAAACACCAGCCGCCCACGAAACAUUAGCUGGGCCUGGCUAACGAGGAGAAGUGUCAGUAAGCCCGGGCGGAACCAGCCAACCAGUCAGCCCAGUUUGCUGAUUAACCAAACCAGCUAGACAACCACGAUGGCUGGCCAGCCAUGCUAGCUCCUGCCCACCUGAUCUAGCUUGACACAAUGCUAGGUAAAUAGAUAAUGUAGCUUAAGAUCAGUGCUACUAGUUGACCGUCUCAAGAGGUCAACUAGCUAAGCCUGGUAAUGAACUCACUAUCUCUGGUGUCCUUUCUAUUUAUGUGUAAAGACCAAACACGGGGCAAAUUUUGCAAUGUGCUUACAAACAAAAUCAAUGAAAGGACGCAAGUCGCCACAGAUUUGCACCAUGUGACACAAAUAGACAAGAAUAUAAGUCCAUGCUGGUUCAAUAUGUUUGAGUCUGAUAAACUUAUUAUCACUCUCGAGUUUGUUAGUUACCCAGUUACUCCAAAAACAGUCCAGUGGCCGUGAUCCCACACCAGGCUAAAAUUUUCCUCCACGUUUGGUCUGAUCACACCAUAACGUCGAGGAUGCUGCCCCUCGAUCACUCAUCUGUGGGUCUGUGUUUGCACGUCAACACAAAUGUGAAGCACUCCUCUACAGAGACACAUGCACACGCAGGGUUCACGGUGACCUCUUGCUCACAAACUGCCCUUCUAGAAGAAGAUGAAUCGCACCUGCACAAAAAACACUCAGUAUCCAUUAUUCCUCUCUGACUACAACCCUCCUUUCUCCUUCACUGGAUAGCUUCAGUUGAAGACAAUGUUUUUACUUUUCUUUGAGCAUAAUUCCUUUUAGAAAAUCCGUGAUAGACGGUGUUGUGACUGGUUGGAUUGUUCCAACGUUAAGACUUUAAUGUAUGUUGGACAGUGCAAGUUAUUUUUGUUGUAUUCUGCAGCGAGCCUCGGUUCAAAGCACUUUCUCUGUAUCUACUUCAGGAACGGAUCUUCUUUAAACUUCCAGCAUCUUAUUUUACGUUUCACUCGAGAAGUGUAUCUGCAAACCAAAGUGCAGUUCUGUCUUCACUCUAAGUUGUUUAUGGAAAUUGGCCCCAGCUCAGCUCUAAGUAUUAUAUACGACUGCUGUCCUGCCGAGGGAACACCAAGACAAUCAUUAAGUUGAGAUAAAUUCUGCUGGAAAGUUGCAUUCAUUUUUCUAAACAGAAACUGAAGUGAUACAGCUCGUUAAAACCCCAAUCUGGACUGGUCCAUUAACAGUCUGCACCUACAGAAUUAAUCUGGCAUUUCUCAAUCACAAUAAUCUCCACUAAUGAUGCUACCUUUACAAAAACGUCCAGUCGAAGACACUAAAUUGGAAAUGCUCAAAAAUACUAUGCCACUACAUGAAGACACACUACAAGCUGCCAAGAAUGCAUUUGUGCUCAUUACAUUAAUGACCUCUAUGUGACAGGCUGUCAUUACUCAUAUUAGACACAGGCAUUCAUUUCAUAGCACCACUUCUUUUCUCAUGAUCAUUUAUAAAUGUUAAUUAUUUUUUCUUCUGUCGAAUGAAUCUGAAAAAGAGCGUACAGAUUUAUUUUCAGUUUAAACCUAUCUAUAAAUUGUUUGUGAUAACGUCUGCACCACAAACGGACGCCGGGCUGUUUGAGGCUCUGUGUAUUUGCUCUGAUCUGUGGAGCCUCGAUUACAGCCAAACAGUCUUUGGCGGUGGUUAACUCCGACCAACGCUGCUGUCAGCUGAAAACCCUCUGGCUCUUAAUUCCAGUGUCUUCCAUCUGUUCAUAUAAACUCAUAUAUUUGCCUUUGGUGUUAUGCAGUCGACCCCACAGCUCAUGAAAUUCAUUAAGCAACUCUUAAAGGUGAUGGUUUUCCACUGACAGCAAGAUGGUGAUAAUGCAGCCACGAUAACGGCGAUAGAAGUUGGUUUACUAUGACGUUAAAUAUGUUGUUUUAUCCUUUUUCAAUGUUUUAUUUAUUUUCUUUGCUGUUAGAAGAAUGAUUCUCAAGUGAGUAAAUGAAAAGAUGUUUUAUGUUCUGCUGAUUCGAAAAAUGUGCCCAGUUUGCCUUUGAAGGUUUAAAAGAAAAAAAAGCACAACAUUUUCACCGAUUUUCUGUUUUCUUUAUCCAUUGUCUUGUUUCCAGAGAGCAGGCGAAUACAGAGAUGCUGUUAAGUCAAACCACCUCUGUUCAAAGUUGCCUUUAGUCACUGAAACUAAUCAAUGUGAAUUUUUGUUUGACUGUAAGUGCUUAAGGUGAUAACAUGUAGGUAACAUCUUUGCCAACAGGAAUGACUGGGUGAUGAUAAAUGUUAACCUGCGGCUAAAGAGUCAGAUGCUUGAGUUAAAUGUAAAAAAUGAAAAAAAAUCAGCCAAAAGACAGAAUUCAUGUUAUCGGUUAAAUCAAUUUGUGUGUGUGUGCAGACACAGAGAAACACAGAGAGACUCCGGCUCAAUGUUUCAGCCAUUUGAGGUUUAGUUCCCUCCAGAGCAAACAGGUGUGAGCUGGAAAAUGUUCUCACAUCCUUGAAAUCCGCUUCAAUCCUGUCACCGCUGAAACAUCGAUAACAGAAGUGAAUUCUGUCUUAAGGUGGACUUUGAUCGUUCUCGUUUGAUCUUAUUAUUGUCACCAGAUCCUUAAUCUCCUUAAAAUCCCCUUUAAUACACAACUUGUCCUGUUGCUCUGUGUGAUUAUUCUGUUCAUCUGUCUCUGAGCGUAUGUGUGCGUGCGUGGCUGUGGGUUGUUUGAUCAGUGGUUCCCCAGAGAAAAUCUUGUCACUAUCAGUCAUGACAACUCAGAGCCGAGUGUGUGAACGCCUCUACAAAUUUGUCUUCUCUGUUUGUCUUCCCUUUUCGUCCGUGCGUAUGUCUGAGUAUGUGGGCGUGUUGUUUGUACCAUGUGGUAUAUCAUGUUCUGCCAUAUUUGAACAAUAAAACAGGAUAUGAGAUU